CCCUUUGCCCCGCAGUCGAGGACGGUGGCUGGCAGGAGCGAGGGGGUGGUGAGCGGCCAUGGAGGACGGGGAGUCUGCUUCGCCGCCUGGUGCUGACGGUGGGGAGGAGGAGGAUGACUUCGGAUACCGGCUUUUCCCCGAUCGCAAGAAGGAGCCGCAGAGCUUCCUGGUUCGCAGCCUCUUCACCUUCCACAACAGGUGCCAGUUGAUGCUGAGGAUGACUCUGGAGACGAAUCCGUAUGCCCAACUGCUUAUUGCGGCCAUGAAGCAGUCUGGCUGCACUGUUUUCAACGAUCGGCACUUUUCUUGUGAAAACUGCGAUGGCUGUGUCAGCGGAGGUUUUGAUUCUGCCACUUCUCAGAUUGUUCUGUGUCAGAACAACAUUCGCCACCAGUCCCAUAUGAACCGAGUGGUUGCGCAUGAAUUGAUACAUGCUUUUGAUCAUUGCCGUGCUCAUGUUGACUGGUUCAAAAAUGUCAAACAUUUGGCCUGCUCAGAGAUUCGAGCUGCUAAUCUCAGUGGAGACUGUACACUGAUGAAUGAAAUAGCUAGGUUUAAAUUUGGACUGAAAGGACAUCAUCAGACGUGUGUGCGAGACAGAGCAAUUCGCUCCAUUCUGGCUGUAAGAAAAGUUAGCAGAGAGACUGCAGAAAAAGCUGUGGAUGAGGUUUUUGAUGCCUGCUUCAAUGAUCUGGAACCAUUUGGGAGAAUCCCGCACAGUAAAACAGAUGCAAAACGUGCUUAUAAAGACUUCCUGAAUCGAGAUCGCUACACUGCUAAUUUGUAAAGGAAAAACAUGAAAAACUAUGUUAAUAACUGGCAGUUCUGUAACAUCUGGAGUUACAGUCUACACACACAGUGCUGGUGGAAAGGGGCAGUUCUUUUGAAUGUAUCAAUUCAUUUUGUAAGUUUUUUCCAGGAGCCAUCUCCUGUUGAGGUAAAUGAAGUAAAUGAACUAGACUAAAAAUACUGUCUUUCCUCACUUGUUCAGGCAAGGUCAUUUAGUAUAUCAAAUUACUUGGCAAAUAAUGAUCUGUGUAUUUCAGUGCACAUUUAAUUCAGUUAUUGAAUAAAUUGUUUCAUAAAAGUUUUCCAA